AUGGCGGCCCAAGACACGACCAAAAAACAAUACACAUUCAGCACAUCCCUGUACCCCCCUCCAAUCCUCUCCAACCCCAAACCAACACUUCUAUACCCAACACCCCUCAACCCGCAUCCAUCAACAAACAACCCCGUCUUCACAGCCUCAAUGCACAUCCGACACUCAGUCUUUGUCGAAGAACAACUCUGCCGCGCGGAGGAGGAGAUUGAUGCCGACGAUGAGAGGAGUUGGGGGUGGGUUGUUUACGCCUCUGAGCAGCAGCAGCAGCAGCAGCAGCACCGCAAACAUCAAACCCAAGACGAAGACGGGGCAGGAGAUGAAGGGCCAAAGCAGGCAGUGGCUACGAUUAGACUCGUUCCCGCGCCCCAUAUCGCUCACACGCAUCUCUGCAAUGCAUCAGAGUCAACGGCGGCUGGGGAUGCGAACGGAAAGCAGUUUGAUUAUGAUUAUGAUUAUGAUCAUGAGCCAUACGUGAAAAUCACGCGUGUCGCGGUUCUGGCUCCUUUCCGUGGAUACGGACUAUCGCGGUUACUCAUGAGGACGGUCGAGGAGUGGGCGGCGCGAAACAAGCGGGUUAUUGAUGAGAUGUAUGCCAGAUUCGCUUCGCAACAAGGAGCAGAGAUUGUAGGAAAGGGGCCGGGAAAAGAAUGGAAUGGGUUAAUAGGGCUGCAUGCGCAGACCCAGGUUGAGCGGAUGUAUGCUGCGUUGGGAUAUGAGACGGAUGAGUCGAUGGGCAGGUGGGAUGAGGAAGGGAUUGACCAUGUAGGCAUGUUUAAGAGAGUGGAUAUUACAUCAUAA